AUGAACACGAUUGACACAGGCUUUGUUUAUCCCAACUAUAAUCCUCCGCAGCAUUUGUUGGAUGCGUUGAGAGACUUAUCGGCCAACGAUUCGUGGAAAACACAUCAGUACCCCAUCUUUAGGGGUGAACUGCGACUCCGGCGGGCGAUCACCAAACUAAACGAGCCUCUCGUCAAACGACAUAUCGAUGCCGACCGCGAGGUUCUGGUCACAGUCGGCGCCAUUCAAGCCCUCGAUUUGGCUGCAAAAUCAUAUGUCAGUCCCGGAGACGAUCCCAGAUUUUUUCAUCGAUCUAAUAAAACUGCCGACAUAUUCAACGGCAAAGAAGCGGAUACGUUUCUAGAAAUUGAGAUGCUGUCGCAUCAAUACAAAUCGCUUAGCUUUGCGUCCAAUUAUCCCAAUUAUAUGCCUUCAAAACAUAUGAUGCAAGCGUUUCGGAGUGUGGCUCAGAAUGAGACCACUUAUGCGAUACACCAUUUGGGCUCCUGUAGGGGAGAUCCUCGACUCAGAGCAGCCAUCGCUUACCUCUACUCAAUCCUUAUGAAGAGACCAAUACAUGCGGACAAAGAGAUUGCGGUGACAACGGGUGCGAUGCAAGCCCUGUAUCUGUUAGCCAAGGCCUACAUCAAUGCGGGCGAUGAAGUGAUUAUGUUUGAGCCGUUUUUUAAAAGACUUGAAAUCAUUAUUAAAAUAUCGGGUGGAAUACCAGUGUUCGUACCCCUCAACACAGUUAGUGGCCAAAAGGCCCGGCAGUCCAAUGAUCUAACAUUCAAUAGAAAGGAGUUGGAGGCAGCCUUCACCAAUCGCACAAAAAUGAUCUGGCUUGUUAACCCUAAUAAUCCUACUGGGAAGAUAUUCACUGAAGAGGAGCUCCUAUUUAUUGGAGAGUUAUGUAAAAAACACGACGUGAUUAUAUUGUCGGACGAAGUCUAUCAGUUUCACACCUUUGAAGGCCCAAAACACACCAGAAUUGCUACAUUACCCGGAUUAUGGAGUCGGACGGUCACAGUAAACAGUGGGGGCAAAAUAUUUUCGUCAACCGGUUGGAGAAUUGGAUGGAUUAUCGGACCGGAGGAGCUAUUAUGGGGCGUAUAUAUCGGAAUGAAUGCCUUAGUGCGGGCGCCGCCCACUCCCACACAAAUGGCAUUUGCCAUCGGUUUGGAGAUGGAAAACAAGAUUCUCAAUACGGAUGAAUCAUAUUAUCAAUCGCUGGUUAAGUAUACUAUAGCUAAAAGGGAUCGCAUGCUUAAGAUCUUGAGCGAUGCGGGCAUUGAUUUUGUUAAGCCUAAUAGUGGUCAAGUAGUUAUGGCUAACUUCACUAAUGUUAUCAACAAAAUUGAUUUGUCCACUGAAUCGGAUCAAAAAGCGGACUUUAGAUUAAUGAAUUGGCUUAUGAAGCAUAAGCAAAAGAUUGUGACUUUAUUUUCAAUUUCAUAA